UGUCAGUCCCAGGCCCACCUGCCAGUCAUGGUAUUAUCUCUCAACAGCACAGGGACCCAGGUGACUGAAUUCCUGAUAAUCUGCUUUCCAGGCAUGCAGGACACACAGCACUGGCUCUCUGUAGUCCUGGCUCCCCUCCUGGUUUUAGCCCUUGGGGCCAACUUUGUGCUAUUGUUUGCCAUCUGGCAGGUGGCAUCUCUACAUAAGCCCAUGUACUACCUGCUUGCCAUCCUCUCCUUGCUGGAUGUCAUUCUCUGCCUCACAGUCAUCCCCAAGGUCCUGCUUAUCUUCUGGUUCAACAUGAAGUCCAUCAGCUUUUCUGGCUGCUUCCUGCAGAUGUUCAUCAUGAAUACCUUCCUUCCUAUGGAGUCCUCCACCUUUCUGGUCAUGGCUUAUGACCGCUAUGUGGCCAUCUGCCACCCACUGCACUACCCAUCUGUCAUCACUGAACAGUUUGUCAUUAAUGCAGCCAUUUUCAUUGUCUUACGAAAUUUUCUGGCUACACUGCCCACACCAGUUCUGGCUUCCAGGCUCAACUACUGUGCCAGCAACGUGAUAGAGAACUGUAUCUGUGCCAACAUUUCUGUGGCAAAGCUCUCCUGUGGGAAUAUUUACCUAAAUAAGCUCUACCAGUUUGUGAGUGUUUGGUGCCUACUGGGUUCUGAUCUGGUACUCAUCUUGCUAUCCUACUGUUUCAUCCUGUGGGCUGUUAUACGUCAGCCAUCAGGAGGUGCAGCCACCAAGGCCUUGAGUACUUGUGGUUCCCAUCUCAUCCUUGUACUAUUCUUCUACACAUUGUUGUUAGUCUUCAUUUUUACAAACAAGAAAGGAAAGAAGGUGCCUUCAGAAGUGCCCAUUCUUCUCAACGUCUUGCAUCACCUUAUCCCACCAGCCCUGAACCCCAUUGUUUAUGGAGUACGAACCAAGGAAAUCAAGCAAGGAAUUAUCAAGCUACUCAGGUACCACUAUUGAGAGGAGUGAGUCAAAGAUUAGGGAUUAUGGAAGUCUGUGCAUGUAGUAGUGAUGGUUUUAUCUGAAUGCCACAAGAAAUACAAUAUGACAUCCAUGCUGUUACCCUCAUCUUGAACUUAAACCUUUCUCAGCCACUGUCACAAUAUUUACUUUCACUUCCCCAAUGCAUUAUUCUUCAACCAUAUAAAAGAAGGAAAUCUUGCCAUUUGCAACAACAUUGAAGGACCUUGCAGGAAUUUUAAGUAAAAUAAGUCAAUGUGUUAUGUCUAUAUAUGUUUUUUGGCCAGGUAGAGGUGAGGCAAAUGCCAUUUUAGCAAAUGGGGGUGGGAAAUAGAGAUGGAAAGA